AUCAUUCAAAAAAGCCGAUAGUGACGAAAUUAGUGACGAGUCUCGAUUGUGAGAAAAAAAAAAGCGCGCUACGUUUUUUUGGUGGGAAAGUUUUGAAAAGUAAUAAGACAUGAAAUCGGUACUACCAGUGUUUGUUGUGUUGAUUGUUAUGGUUGGUUUUAACCACGUAAUUGCCAGGCCAAACAACAGAAUGAAACGAGUGUCAGAUUCACAUUUAGCAGAUCUAGAAACUAAGAUCGCCAUGAAUAACAGAAUCAAAGGUUUCGCCAUAACCAUGCCGAUAGGAGGUGGGAAAAUAGAUCCUUUGCAAAUUGGUAGAAAACGGCGAUCGGGUGUGGAAACCAGAUUUCUAAACCCGUUUUUUCAACAGAAAAUAGAAUCGUCAUCAGAAGAAGACAAUACAGACGACUACGAAUAUAUUUAUAACAAUAAUUAUCUACAAUAGAAUAUUUUAGAGUUAAUUUUUGGAAAAAAAUAUAUCAUUCGAAAGCAAUGAAUAUCAAAAUAAUCAACAAUCUUAAUGUAAUAUAAGGAAUUUGAAAUUACCAACAAAGGAGAGACAAAAAUAAGCAGUAGUAUUUAAAUGUGUAGGGAUGUACCAGAAUCUUGAAAAAAAUUAAUUAACACGUUAACUGACUAGAUUUUUUACCUAUUAAAACACGCUUUGGUAUUUUUCACAAUCUAAGGAAGUGCCUUCACUACCGAAAUUUAUAAAAUUUAGUUAAUUUCAAUGCUUGUUUAUUUAGUUUAUAUAAUACGCAAUGUAGCCGAUUGAAAAUAUAAAAAUUGCGAUUUCCAACAAUUAUUGAACAAAUUUCGUGGAUAUAUACGAGAGCCGUUUUUUUUUCAACCUCCGAUAGACUAUAAUUAAAAAUCAAGUUCAUAUAAAACCAUAAUUUCAUUGCCAAAGAUUGUUUUUCGACAUAGUCACCGAAGAAAUUGAGACAUUUGUCGUAUCUGUGGACAAUACCCUUUUCAAAGAAAGUUGCUACCAAUAAAUUCAAGUAAAGUACAAAACAGACCUUGAAAGUUCUGGAAAUUCCGUAGACAAAGCAGUAAUGGUCAAUCUGUUAACCAUUGUGUCAACUCGUUGAAACAGGUCCUAUGAAACAACAGAUUUGCGUCCUUGGCACCCUUCAUAAUGCACAUCUUUAAAUUUUCGACACCAUUCAUGUACAAUACAAACACUCAUGAAGUUUUACCCAUUCACAUUUGGCGGGAGUAUCAAUAAUGGCGGACGUGUUUACGAGGCUGUAGCACCACGCCGACUGACACCUGAAUGUCAACAAUGGCGGAGUGUGUACUGUGAAAGCUUCGCAGUCGUCUACAGUCGCUUUCUUCUACCAGCGUAGCGUCUGCACGGAGCAAUCGGAGGUUGAAAAAGUCUAGUAUUUCACUUUUUUAUUACUGGAACUUGAUAUCUUAUUCUUUUAGCUACUAUGAUAGGAUGCAUGGACUAGCAAUCCAUCUUUUACUAGGUGUAUCGUGGAUGUCGUACCAAAUAUCAUCUAAGUAAAUUAUCAUUCGGUUUUGCGAUCUAAUUGUAUUUAUUUUUUCAUGGGCUGUAACUUCAGUUUACCUUUUGUCUAUUCUUUUGAAAAAAAAACCCUAAGCGACAUAGAGUACGCCCCAUCAUUUUUUGCCUGGACAUUUCUUAGAUCGCGAAUAUUUGUAUAAAAUACAAUACUGAGAGAACUACAGAUCGCACAGGUUAAUGCAGGAAGGAAUUUCGUUCUUCCUGAAUUAACUGUGGAAAAAAAAAUGUUUUUUUCGAAAACGCAUAAAAAUAGUUUAUUCACAAAUUUUUCAUACAAUAAUACUUAAUCCUUCUGUUUUUGUCACUGCUUUUCAAGACAUUUGAAUCUGCUUCUUCUGAUUUUUUUUAUUAAAGGAAUUUGUAAAAACCAACAUUUAAUGAGAAAACGUUCCCACCAGAUCAUUUGUUGGAAGUUUUUCGUGGGGAAAACAGAGAUGCAACAGUUAUUUGGAAAUAGAUCCUACCUUUAUCAAAAUGUCUCGUUUCUAGUCGUAUACGACCGUCUGUAUACAUGACCAUCGAAGUUAGGGACCACGUGUAUCAUAUAUGUAUAAAUUAAUUUUUUUUUACAAAUUAGACUGGCAGUAAACGUGUUAAGAGUCGCGUAGUUCACAGAAUAAUCAUUUAUAUUGGUACCAUGCCGGCAGUGAACGUGUUCAAAUUGAACAAAUAUCGGGAUGAUAUGAUAAAGCUAUCAAAUAAUCGUUCGUUUCGAUACCAUUUUUAGAAAAAAUAUUCAUUGUUGAUUGAAUCUAGUGCAAACUGGCAGUUUACGUGUUAAUUUGACUAAUUUCGAAUUCAAAAUUAAUAUUUAGUCGUUAAUCAUGGCAAAUUAAAUUAAAAGUCACAGUCAAUUUUGCAAAUCAAUAUUAUGAUAACUUUACAAACACAAGACUAUAACUGUAAUGAUUUGAAAUUCUUGUUAAACUCUUUCAGAAAUUAAAAGAUAUUUGACAUCUGACAGCUGCAGGAAUCUGUGAAUUAGAUAGGACUAGAAAACAAUUGCAUUUUGUUCAAUUCUACUUUAAGACUGAAGUAUUAGGCCCCUUUAACCACACUUAAAAUUCCACCAUUUCUUUAUGUUUGUGUUCAUUAACUAACAGUAGAUUUAAAUUUGCUUGAAAUAAUUUAAAGAAAUGAUACAUUUGAGUAGUAUUUUCAAGAUUUUGGUAAUGUACUAAUGUAAACAAUAUCUAUAUAUGAAAAUAUUGAUUAAAUUCCAGUUAAUGAUUUACCAAUAUUCAAAUUAUGCUGGAUAGUAUAAGCAAACAAUAUAUUUAUGGAGAACAUCCACAAAUUCAUUAAAAAUAUCGUUAAAUUAGUUAAUGUAUUCCAAAUUAAUACGUUACUACUUGAGUACUGAUAUUCCUUUAUAAUUGUUUGUAUGAAAUUGCUCUUUUUGUCACUUCCAUAACCUAUUCAGUAUUAUAUUGUAAAAAUUCUAGUCGAUAGAUUUAUUUUUCGAUGUAAAAAUGUUAAGAAAAUGUCAACUACAUAUUUAUUAAUCUAUUUAUUCUAAUUUAUACUUUUUUGUAGUAAAUAUUUAAUCACUGUAUUAUUUUAUUUUAAUAACAAACUAGUACUUACUUUUUUAUGUUAAUUUGAAUUAAUUUUUAUUAAUUUUCGUUGCAAUAAAAUUAUAAUAUUGUUAUAAUUUUUAAAUAAGAAUUCUGUUGACCAAUAUAAAUAAAUAAACUUUGUGUUUUGUGUCAUUA